GCUUCGUCAAAAAAUGACGUGUUCCGUGGUCGUUCGUGGAUUUGACAGGACGCCAGUGGCAAGUCAAACUUGAACACACGAGAUGUCGAUGCAGAGUCGAAGGCAGCGGCUCACUUGGCUUGGGCCAUCUCUUAUCUAGUGCUUCUCCAUCUUGAUACUGACUACAGCAAGAACUUCUUCGCAUCUGAGCUCCCGCGGCAGCACCUCAAGAACGCUUCACACAUGGCUCGAAGCCUUUUUCCGGCUCAAAGUGCGUCUCUUUCUGCUGCGAUCACCUUUCUUCUCCCAUCUUUCCUAUCAUCAAUUUCACCUCAUCCGCGGCCGUUGCCUUUGAUUCUCUGUCCUCGCUGUUCAAGCAAUGGGUGGCACCGACGCGUCGGUGCCUUUCAUAUAGCACACUGUAUCUAUUCUCUUUAUGGAGGAUCCGAUAUGGUUUCAGGCUGUUUACCUUUUCAUAUGCUGCACCGCCUUCAGUGGGUUGUCUUGGAACUAGGACUUCGAUUCGAGGUCGAGACGCCGCCCACUUCUGUUUUGUACCAUUCAACCCUUUUCUCAGGCUUUCACCAUCCGCUGUUCUCGAAUCUUACAUGGUCAACUCUCUCAGCCAUCUAUCAUAUGUGCAAAGUUUCAGGGCUGAUGAAACACCAAGGUACGACAACCAUCAGAUGUUAGAAAACCGAUUCUCUAGCAUGUGAUGUAGCCUAAGCACCACCAUCGUGCAUAUCAAAUGUUCCGUGUUCAAGAUACACAAGUUACCGUACAGCAACCCUCGUCAGAAUUCACACUUCAUGUGUAUGUCAAGGCUUUGGAUGUAUGUAACUCCGGCAUUAUAUUCGUCAUCAAAAGAUCCUGUUGUGUUCAUCUGUCGAACAGAAGCGUCUGAUGGUCUGCAUUG